AUGACUCGCCAGUCCAGCGCGGGUUUCGCGCAGUUCUUCCCAACUGCCCCGCGGGCAGCCAGGGAGAAGGCUACAGAGCGCGAGAAAGCAAGGCUAAAGACACAAGAGACGGCUGGCUCGUUGCUUGCCUCGCAGCCUGUUGUCCUUGCUGCUCCUGCCGAUGGCCUCACUGGCCAAGCCGCACCUACAGACGCAAAUCUGGUGAACGGGUCGCAUCCCCAAGCAGAGGAUAAUGGGUCUCCUCUCGGCGAGAUCCUGACCGCUGUUGGCUCUGCAAGCUCCCACGCAAGCACAGCUGCAAGCACCGUCACCCCGCUCACUUCAAUUGAGUCGCCCUCAGUCUCUGGUCAUACACAUCCACCGAAGCCGACUACAUCCAACUCCCAAAUUCCCGACCAUCAGCAGUCGUCCACAGCUCACCAGAGCCCAGCCCAUAUGCCGAAUGGCUCAUCAGAUUCAUACCCUGCCGUUGAUCGCGUUCCCGCGCGUGCCCCCGGUCGAUCGCGAAAAGGUGUCAAAAGCAUCAAUGACCCGUUACUCGAUAAGACACUUUCGAAGGACAAGAUCAGGGCCGCCAAGCCAACAUUCAAAGAGUUUGGAAUGGAUGACGAUGACGCCCCCCCUUCAGAUCCUCGCCUAGCUAUGGGCGGGCGAUUGAAUUACAUGAACACCGACUUCCGUCACCACAAGUCUCGCCUCAGGCCCGCCGCAUACAACCUGAAACCGUAUCCUUUCGAGCCUAAGACCUCCAUCGGCCCGGGCCCGCCAACACAGAUCGUCGUGAUGGGCUUCAACCCGCUCAUCAACUUCCAGAAGGUCUUGCAGGCGUUUGCAACUUUUGGCGACAUUGCCGAGAGCAGCAACAAGAUGCACCCCGAGACAGGAAGCUAUCUCGGGUUCGCAACCUUUCGUUACCGGGACUCCCAGCCCAGCCGAUCCAGGCCUAUGGCCAUCAAAGCGAUCGACGCUGCUCGGCGCGCCCUGAGGACCAUGAAUGGUCAACGCAUCGAGAGCAACAACAUCAAGGUUGAAUACGAUCCCAAUGGCAAGAAAAGUGGCCGUAUGCUUGAGGAAACUGUCAAUAGGGACAGAUCUACCCCAAACCCGUCAAAUGUUCGACCUCCGCCAGCUGGGCCCAGAACAACAGCGCCAGAGCCAGCACACGGCCCGCCGCCAAUGGCGCCUCGAGGACCUGCGGCGCAUAGGCAAACUGCGACGCCAGUGCCCACCGGCCCUGGCAGGCCAAUUCAACCGAUCAAACAACACAGCGUUGUAGAGGAUAAGCCGAUAGCACCACAGCUAGCUGGCGAGCCCUACAUUUUUGUUCCAAGUGCUAAGGUCCCAGUCAUGCAUACAACUGUUCCACACAUGAAGAAGAGACUCAAGGCACACUCUUUUGACGACAUUCGUGUCGACCGAACGGGCUACUACAUCGUCUUUCCAAACCGAACUACGGCUCAUGCACACGUCGACGACUCAGCCCGAUGCAGCGAAACAGAGUGCGAACAGGAGAUACGACCGACGACGUCAGAGAAAAGACGACCUGAGAAGAGAAGCGCAAGGGCCAAAAAUUUCGAUCCUGUGCAAGCAGCCGGGAGGCAACGGAAGCCCCCAGGUUGGCACCCCCGAAUUCGGGUGCCGAUCCUAUCGAAAAGCGCCCCCGGGCGCCUCGAAAUAUCGGCCCUGCCACGUAUUCGCAAAAUCAAGAAUCCAGGACAGGCGCAGCAGAGGAACUACGGCUUCACCGAUCCCUUUGCCCGAAAACGACCCCCGCAAGCGCGAAACGCCUUCCGCUCCCUCCACCACCGACUCAAAAGCUACGACAGUGAUGUCGAAUCGGAUGAUGAAGGCAGGAGAUCUGUGGCUCGGGAAUCUGAGGAGCCCGAAUCUCGUCCUCGUAGCCGUAUGAGUUCGGAUGAUGAAGAUGAUGAAGCGUCGAAGGAUGAGCUUGGCUCGUGGGGAGCUGCUGAAGAAGACUCCAUGACCGAAGCCCGCUUCGCAGUUGGAGCCCUACCCACAAAAAAGCGGAAGCUCGAGCUCGAGGCGCAAACUGCUCUGAAGCGACAGAAGAAGUCCGACGAGGAGCUGUUCGGCGUCACUCUCGACCAUAUCGAGACUGAACUUCCUGUGCAUCCCGUGUCGGAAGGUGUUACGCCCGAAUGCGAUCUGCCCGGCGGCAAAGAAGAGAGUCUAUCUCGUUCCGAGACGCCUAGCCUUUUAGCCGGUAAGCUGCUGUCUAAGAAGAUUAAAUCAAAGAGGAAAUCCAAGAAGCAGCUCUUCGAAGAACGCGAGGCGCUCAAGAAGCAUCAGUCUGAUAUUGAAGGAUCUGAGGCGCCCGAAGACCGAGAAACGCCUGCUGCUGAGGACCCCAAGAAAUCGGAAGCUGUCGAGGAAGAGGAGCCCUAUCAACCAGCUGCUGUACCGACGGACCUUAGUUUGUUCGCCUAUGAGCCCACGAAGGCACUGCAACUUUCGCAAGAUUCGAGGGCUAGCCUUGGACCGCUGCAAGAUGUGGAGUUCUCCCCCGCAGACCUUCCCGACUUUGCCAAACUGCAGAAAAGGUUCCCUGUGGCUGAUUUCGACGAUCCUCUGCUGUGGCUAUGGAGGCGAAACCGCGUGCGGGAGGUCAACAACCUGGAUCAGUCGGCUGAAAAGAGCCUUGCGAUUGAAGGGUACUAUGUCCCCAAUCCUACAGGUUGCGCUAGGACGGAGCCUAUCAAGAAGAUUCUCAAUUCGGAGAAGUCCAAAUACCUACCUCAUCACAUCAAGGUCCAGAAGGCCAGGGAAGCAAGAGAGGCUCGGGUACAGAAGGACGGCAAGACUGCGCCCACAACUGCUCCUGCUCCUGCCCCUACGAAGGGCAACUCGCGAGCCAACCGUGCCAACAACCGCAGACACGUCACGGCACUGCAAGACGAAAUGAAGUCCUCGGGCGAUCCCGACGUUUUCAAGUUCAACCAACUCAAGAAGCGCAAGAAGCCAGUCAAGUUUGCCCGUUCUGCGAUCCACAACUGGGGUCUCUACACAGAGGAGAACAUCAACAAGGACGACAUGAUCAUUGAGUAUGUCGGCGAGCAAGUCCGGCAACAGAUUUCAGAAAUUCGCGAAGUCAGGUACCUCAAGCAGGGCAUGGGCAGCAGCUAUCUGUUCCGCAUUGACGAGAACACGGUCAUCGACGCAACGAAGAAGGGCGGCAUUGCCCGAUUCAUCAACCACAGCUGUAUGCCCAACUGUACCGCCAAGAUUAUCAAAGUGGAUGGCAGCAAGCGCAUUGUCAUCUAUGCACUUCGCGAUAUUGCACGAACUGAGGAGUUGACCUACGAUUACAAAUUUGAGCGAGAGAUCGGCAGCCUUGAUCGCAUUCCAUGCCUUUGCGGAACGGCUCUAUGCAAAGGCUUCCUCAACUGA